CCGGAAUGCAUGUUUCAUUUCCGGGUCUCGGUGCAACAAAGCUAGCCUGUUUGUUACAGGAGCAGAGGAAACGAGUCAGCCAGGUCUAAAUAACGAUAAAACCACCACCGGUGCCUUUUCUUCUUUGACUCUACGAUCUGUUAAAGAUGUCCAGGUUUCAGGAGCUUAAAGCUUCGUUCAAACGGCGGCUGCUGACUUCGGUUCGUAAAGAUCUUUUCGGACAUUUGGAGAGAAAAAUAUCCGAUUAUAAGAAGGAGAUCGACCGCAAUAGAAAACUGUUGGAUCUGGUUCCAAACAGAGACUCAAGGCGGCGAGAAUCAGUGUGUCCUGCAGACGUCCAGCAGGUGUUGGAGACUAAAGAAGAAGUUUUCCCUGAGCAGCAGGAGUGGAGCUCCAGACUGGACCAGCAGGACCCAGAGCCCCCCCACAUUAAAGAAGAACAGGAAGAACUCUGUCUCAUUCAGAGACCAGUAGAGGACUGUGGAGGAUCAGAAUUAGACAGGAAGUUGGAUCGAGACUGGCAUCCUCAUCCAAAGAGUGAUGACCGUGAAAGAGACUCAGAGGACCCUGAGCAGCAGGAAUGGAGCUCUGGACUGGACCAGCAGGAUCCAGAGCCCCCCCACAUUAAAGAAGAACAGGAAGAACUCUGUCUCAUUCAGAGACCAGUAGAGGACUACGGAGGGUCAGAAUUAGACAGGAAGUUGGAUCGAGACUGGCAUCCUCAUCCAAAGAGUGAUGACCGUGAAAGAGACUCAGAGGACCCUGAGCAGCAGGAGUGGAGCUCUGGACUGGACCAGCAGGACCCAGAGCCCCCCCACAUUAAAGAAGAACAGGAGGAAUUUGCUCUUUUUCAGAGACCAGCAGGUACUGAUGAAGAGGACAGUGGAUGGUCAGACGUGGAAGUUACUCCACGCUCAAAGAGGGAUGACCGUGAGGAUUGUAAACUAUUUAGCUGCACAGUUUGUGGUAAAAAAUGUGUAUAUGCAUCAACUCUAAGAAGGCACAUGGCAACCCACACAGAUGAGAAACGAUUCAAUUGUUCAGUUUGUGGUAAAAAAUGUGCAGAUAAAUCAGGUCUAAAAAAACACAUGUUAACCCACACAGGAAAGGAACCAUUUAGUUGCUCAGUUUGUGGUAAAAAAUGUGCAGAUAAAUCAGGUCUAAAAAAACACAUGUUAACCCACACAGGAAAGGAACCAUUUAGUUGCUCAGUUUGUGGUAAAAAAUUUGGAUUAAAAUCACAGCUAAACAGACACAUGCUAACCCACACAGGUGAGACACCAUUUAGCUGCUCAGUUUGUGGUAAAAAAUUUAAACGUAAUAAAUCUCUCUCAUCCCACAAGUUAAUCCACACAGAGGAGCAACCAUUUAGUUGCUCAGUUUGUGGUAAAAGAUUUUCAUAUAAAUCCUCUCUAACAUCCCACAUGUUAACCCACUCAGAUAAGAAACCAUUUAGUUGCUCAGUUUGUGGUAAAAAAUUUAAACGUAAUGAAUCUCUCUCAUUCCACAAGUUAAUACACACAGGUGAGAAACCAUUUAGUUGCUCAUUUUGUGGUAAAAGAUUUUCACGUAAAUCCUCUCUAACAUCCCACAUCUUGAUCCACACAGGUGAGACACCAUUUAGUUGCUCAGUUUGUGGUAAAAAAUUUAAAUAUAAUAAAUCUCUCUCAUACCACAUGUUCACCCACACAGGUGAGAAACCAUUUAAUUGCUCAGUUUGUGGUAAAGGAUUUGGACAAAAAUCACUUCUAACAUCCCACAUGUUAACCCACACAGGUGAGAAACCAUUUAAUUGCUCAGUUUGUGGUAAAGGAUUUGGACAAAAAUCACUUCUAACAUCCCACAUGUUAACCCACACAGGUGAGAAACCAUUUAAUUGCUCAGUUUGUGGUAAAGGAUUUGGACAAAAAUCACUUCUAACAUCCCACAUGUUAACCCACACAGGUGAGAAACCAUUUAGUUGCUCAGUUUGUGGUAAAAAAUUUAAACUUAAUAAAUCUCUCUCAUUACACAAGUUAAUCCACACAGAGGAGCAACCAUUUAGUUGCUCAGUUUGUGGUAAAAAAUUUGGAAUAAAAUCACUUCUAAGCACACACAUGUUAACCCACACAGAAGAGAAACCAUGCAGUUGCUCAGUUUGUGGCAAAGGAUUUGAACACAGAUCAGGUCUAAAAUUUCACAUGUGGACCCACACAAAUAAGAAAUCAUUUAGUUGCUCAGUUUGUGGUCAUAAAUGUACAAACAAAACAAAUCUAGUAAGCCACAUGUGGACCCACACAAGAGAGAAACAAUUUAGUUGCUCAGUUUGUGGUCAUACAUGUGCAAACAAAUCAAAUCUUACAAGCCAUAUGUUGAGCCACAUAGGUGAGAAAUCAUUUAUUUGUCCAGUUUGUGGCAAAAUAUUUGCACGUAGAUCAGGUCUAACAUGCCACAUGUCAUCCCACAUAGAGGAUAAACAGUUCAGUUGCUUAGUUUGUGGUAAAGCAUUUUCACGUAAGUCAAAGCUAACACGACAUAUGUUAACCCACACUGGGGUAAACCAUUUAACUGCUCAUUGUGUGACGAAAAGUACGCAGACAAACAAAGUCUGGAAGACCGAAUGACACAUCACACGGGGAAAACGCUUCAGUUGUAGUGUUUGUAACAAAAGAUUCAGUCGACCAAUUUACACAGUUUACACAAUUAUGGACAAUUUAUUGUGACAAAUGAAGUUGUACGGGGGCUGCAUCUGACACAAUUUGACAUGACUGUUUUCUACUUCUGUUUGAUUCUGAUUUAAUUCUUUUGUCUUAAGUAUGUCGGAAAAUGGUGAAUAUACUUAAUAUCUUUUCCCAUGUUUGACGUCUUCAAAUGUUUUGUUUUGGUCAGCAGGUAUUCAGUUUACUGUCCAACAGGGAAAAAGUAAAACGGCAAAUCCUCAUGUUUGAGAAGCUGGAAGCUGUAAAUAUUUAGCAUUUUUGCUUCAGAAUGACAAACUAUAAAAUAAUUAUCAAAAUAGUUUGAGAUUAAUUUUCUGUCGAUUAGUAAAUCAAUUAUAAACCUAUUGUUGCAGCUCUGCUGUGUAGCUGCUGAUUGAGCUGUGUUUCAGUUAAGAAAACUUAUGUUUGAGUUUCAUGUAUUUACUUUGAUUAGAUUAAGAAGUGAUUCUGCUUUUCUUUCUCAUUCUUUGUUGAUUUUAUGUUAUUCUGUUUGUAGUAUUUAAAAUAUAACUUCUCAGGCUUUUGCUCAAAUAAUGUUUAAUGAGCAUUGUGAUUAUUUUCCUCUCAGGACUUUGUGUUUUACUGUAUGUAGGCUGGAGAGGCUGAACUGUACCUCUGACAAAAUCAGCUUUUUAAACCUCUGUGUUAUAGCUGAAGAUUGAAGUGCCUAGGAAAUUUUUAAUGACAUUCUUUUUACUUACUUUAGUCAAGUAAAAGUCUUAACUGAUCAUUAGUGUCUGUUUCUUUAGACAGAUUAUCUGAAAGAGAUUUUUGUUAUAUGACUGUUGUAUUUCUUUACAUUAGUUUUCGUUCGGUAGACCUAAUGAACUGACAACUGAGAGUAUUUCUUCACUCAAGUUACAGAUUUGUCCGAUUAAAUUGGAACCAGUCAUUUCAAGAAACCUAAAUUGUCAUACAUUACAUUUACGUCUUUAUUUGUAUGUAGCAUCUUGUUCUACAGUUGUAUUUUAGUAAUUUCACGAGGAGAGACUAUUAUUCUGAAGGUUGGGAUAUACUGAAAGUUGUCUUCCAUUUCCGGGUCUCUGCGGUUCAAACACGGUUAGAGACUGGAGGGUAUUGUGCGAACAACGGGAGGUGUAUGAUACACGGAGAGCCGUGGGGUAAAAGUAGAAGGAGAUGAGAUUACAACAUAAAUAAAACGUAUCACCUGCAGUAGAUUAACUUCAGAAAGAGAGAACACGACGGAGGAAAUGAAAAGAUUAGGGAUUAUGGACUUUGUGUUGUCUAUGAAAUGUAAUUAGUUUGUUUUCAUGGAAUUAUUUUUUAAAUAUUUUAGUCAAAUAAAUGUCAAAAAUGAA